ACUGCUGGUGGUGUGUCCUCUCCUGGGGUCUGUGUGUGUGGACAGGGUGGGGAGCUUUGGGAGCUUGAGCGGUCGGUGUUCACCACGCUGCUCCCCCCUUCUGGGACGCUCCCCACGCUUCCACCGGCGCACAGCUUCAGAUGCCUCUUCUGCCUCACUUCAACGGCGGCGUUCGUCUCCCACUCCCACACGCCUAGGGUCACCUUCAUUGCGAUCAUCAUCUCCUUCUUUGAGGAUCCGCACAGCACCACAUUCUCCGACCCCAGGAACAACCCAGGGAAUUAGUGGAACUCCUCCAAGUAGCAGUGCUGUCCAGCCAUUAGUUCCUUCCUCUCCAGCACCUGUUGCAGCUAGCCAUUGUUUACCUGAUGUAGCAGGGACAACAAGUUCCAAGUCUUCAUCACUUGCAUCUGAGACUCCAGUUUCUACUCCAACCCCACCACCACAUUCCUCACGCAUUGGUGUUAGUGGGUAUGACUCUGAAGUGAGUGAUGAUGACGAAGCAGGUGGUGAUGGUGACCUUGGUGAAGUUGGUGAUGGACAAAGGUCUGUCAUCAUGCACAUCAUAUCUCAACUGCGACUUGGAAUGGACCUCACACGUGUCACAUUACCAACAUUCAUUUUGGAGCGUCGUUCCCUGCUGGAAAUGUUUGCAGACUUUUUGGGACAUCCUGACUAUUUUGCCAAAAUUGCUGAUGCAACAACACCAGAAGAUCGCAUGCAGGCAGUGGUUAAAUGGUAUUUAACAAGCAUUCAUGUUGGACGAAAUGGAUCUGUUGCUAAGAAGCCUUACAAUCCCAUUAUUGGGGAGACAUUCCAUUGUAACUGGCGAAUUCCAAGGGAUUCCAUCCAUGGGGAAGAGACAGGGGAGAAUGGGAAAGCUGCUGAUGGAAAGAGGGCCCCCUUUGUCAACAUCAAAUAUGCAGCUGAGCAAGUGUCUCAUCAUCCACCAGUAUCCGCUUUCUUUUUUGAGUGUCCAGAGAAGCAGCUGAGUAUAAAUGCUCAUAUCUGGACAAAGUCGAAGUUUAUGGGUAUGUCUGUUGGAGUUAAUCUGAUUGGAGACAUUACCCUCAUCAUAGGCAAUGUCCGUGAAAGUUAUAGUCUUGCCAUGCCAUCUGCAUAUGCUAGAAGCAUAUUGACUGAUCCAUGGGUUGAACUUGGAGGCCGAGUAAACAUUUCUUCUCCUGAGACGGGCUGUCAGGCUGCUAUUGUCUUCCACACUAAACCAUUUUAUGGAGGACGUCUACACCGGGUGACAGCUGAAGUGAAAAAUGCUGCUGGAACAACUCUGUCAAAAGUGCAGGGAGAAUGGGAUUCACAGUUGGAAUUCACUUAUGCUAAUGGAUCUCAGGAGAUUGUGGAUGUUAAUGAAAUACCAAUUAUUUGUCACAAACGCUUAAAGCCUUUGGCACAGCAAUCUCCAAUGGAAUCUCGGCGUCUGUGGCAUGAUGUGAGUGUAGCACUUGCUCGUGGGGACGUGGAAACAGCCACAAGCCACAAGAGAGCCCUAGAAGAGCAGCAACGGAAGGAAGAACGAGAACGUGCUGCCCAAAACCUGCCAUUCCCAACACGACUGUUCCAUUCUCCAACCCCUGAUCAUUGGGUGUAUAACCAGCUUCCAGCGUAUUCGUUUACCUCCUGCCCUGCAACAGUCCAGACUCAGUAACAACAUGCUGUUUAUGCUUGUUAUUUCCCAUUCUGUUUUUUUUUAUUUUUUAUUUUUACUCCAUACCAUGCCAAAGAUUUUAGAACGAGGAUGUUUAAAUUUCUUGUUAUUCUCUGAAAAAGAAUAUGGUCUAUUUUCCUAACAAAGUUGAAAAUUCUAAUUAGGAAUAGAUUUUCAUAGAUUUUCUUUGGGAUAAAUGAUUUUCUGAAUUAACAUUAACAAAAUUUUGUGAACUUUAGAUAGCAGUAGUUUGAAAUGUCCAGUUACUCUUCCUAGCAUUUUUGCCUCUGCUUUUGGAAUUUCACACUUAUUUAGAAUACAUGUGUAAAGUCACACUAUCUUCCCCUCUCCCUCUCCUUCUCCCUCU